ACAGGCGUUAGGAGUUUCCAUGGGCAACCGGACGCGUGGAGGAACGUCCCAUCAACAGAGGACAGAGACAUGAGGAGUUUACCGCGAUAAGAAGCACAUUUCAGUUGCUUGGUUUGUAUAUUAUUGCUUUUUCUGUGUCUUUCCACCUGCUAAAGAAUUUGUUCUUAACCCCAAAAAACUUCGCUGCACUUUUGUUGUUUGAGCGGACACCGUGUUGCCGUGGUAACUCUGAGUCAAGAGCUAUUGAGUUACAAAAAAUAGGGCCCGGACCUUCAACCACAGAAAAUGAACUGACAACGACCGUAUUGCUGACAUCAAUGUUGUCAUCACUGUGAUCAGCUGCAAAAACGGAUUGAGGGGCUCUGCUGCCUGACCAUGACAGCUGUGGUCCGACCUGGAGUCAGUGUCUCAAAGCUCUGUGGGGAUGGAGACAGGCUCCUGGGGGCUGGAGAUCUGUGGAGGGCCACCUCCUUCUACAUGUCCGCCUUCAGGACCCACGCCGCCUCCACCGUGUCCCACAUGCGGAAACUAGAGUCCGGCCUGGAUGGGGUGAUCUCUACUCUGGAAAGUUGGCUCGACAGUCAUGGGGAGAACCCCCCUGCUGAGGCUCUUAAUAAAGGUCUUGCAGCUGUGUUUCUAUCCACACUCUGCCCCAACAAUCUGUCUGCAACCAUUUUCAAGAUGGAGUCUCUCCUUCAGAGUGGAGGGCAUGGCUGUGAGGAGAUUUUUGCUCGCUGCAGUGCUCUGCUUGAAGGGAUGCGAGACCCUUACCCAAAAGAUGCCUCUCGCAUGGUGUUGAUGUUAACUGGUGCCCUGGCCUGCUUGUUCUCGGAACCUCACAGUGUUAAGGGAUUGAUGCUUUAUCUCAAAGCUUACAAGAGUAACACAUCUGAAACUGUCACAAUGGUCAAAAGCAGACAAGCUCAGCAUGUACCCAAAAUAGUGAAGGCCUUUGUAGACCAAGUACUGCACAUACAUCCCUCUUUAACAUUUGACAGUGAAUGUGCAAUUACAACAAAGGACAAGGAGAAGCUAGAUGUGGAGACUUCUACAAUUUUAGAGUUGUUAUUGGCUAUCUCACCUGAUAACAGAGAAGUGCAGGAGCUUCAAGCAGCAUAUUUGUGUUUGAGUGGCAGGUUUGUUGAAAGUGCAGAGGUCUACUCAGCUCUCUUGCAUCAUGAUGGUCAGAACUUGUCAGAAAGGUCAUUCCAGGUCACUCCUGAGAGAAGAGCUGGGCUCCUAACCAGUCGAGCAGCUGCCUGCUUGUCAGCUGGUGGACGGACUGCAGAGGCUUGCAGGGAUCUGGGGGAGGCGUUUGAGACCCACCCUGCCAAUGCCCGGAUUUAUUUUCAAAAGCUAUUCACAGAUAAUGGCACAGGGUUGGCUGCUCGUAACCAUCUCCGUCAGCAGGCAGAGGGAGGCCUGUCUGGGUACAGAGAGAGGGUCCUCCUCCGCCCAGACCUGCGGUCCACUGAAGGAGUUGAACUACUGGACCCUGUCAUCACUCGGUUACGGACCCUGUGCCACUUAGAGGCUGACGGGGGAGGGAGGGAGCUGCGGGUACGGCUGGCCGACUGUCUUCUCCUCAGAGGAGAACACAAAGAGGCCCUCUCCAUCUGCAGCCAGCUAGCGGCGGCCAAAGGUCAGCAGAGCUAUCAAAACACAGUGCAGGUUCUCCGUGGAUAUACACGACUUCUCUCAGACGACCACAAGGGGGCGUUAGAAGACUUCCAGGCUGUGAUUGAACACGAUGCCCCCCACCCUUCCAGCUGUGUGCGGGCCCUCUGUGGCAGGGGGCUCCUGCGCAUGAUGGGGGGAUCAAACUACCUCACAGCUCUAGACUAUGUGACAGCCAGCGGGCUGCACCCUCAGGAAACAGCGCUGACUGUCCGCUGCUUGGUGCCAUGGAACUACCGGGGGCUGCUGUUCACUGUUUUACUGGAGCAGGGACGGGUCAUGCUGGAGGGGGCAGCAGAGCACAAAGCCAGGACCAGUGAAGACUCCCAGCAGCCCCAGCAGGGGGAUAAGCCACAAUCAAAGAAAAACAACCACAGAUCAGGGACUCCUGCUGGUGUCCAAUCCCUGGCUGCGCUGCUGGUGGAGCUGCAGCCCGGUGCUGAUGGGUCUCAGAUUCUGGCAGCAGAUGCCUUGUACCAGCUUGGCCGGGUGGAGGAGGCCUACCGGCUACUACUCUCCAUCGGGCCCACCAACCCUCGGGCACCUAUCCUGGCUCGCCUCGCCCUGCUGCAGCUGCACAGAGGCUUUCUUUAUGACACCAAUCAGCUGCUGAAAAAGCUCAUUCAGUGUGGCGAUACCAGCUGCUUGCGCCCCUUGUUGGCUGUGGCACAACAGAAGGACCGGGCUCUGCUGCAGGCGCACUGCCACUCUGUUGCCAAACGCAUCCUGGAGGGCACUAAAGAGGAGAGCGCCAUGAGGGAGGCUGUGGCAUAUCUCUCCAUCGCUAUCAUGGCCUCUGGUGGUGAGGCAGCAGAAUCUUUACUGGAGAGAGCGAGGUGUUACGCACUGCUGGGCCAGCGAAAGACGGCCAUCUUUGAUUUCAGUGCUAUUCUGAAAGAGCACCCUAAACAUCCUCAGGCCCUCUGUGGGAGAGGCUUCACCUAUCUCAUGCUGAACCAACAAAAGGAAUGCACUCAUGAUAUCCUGGCAGCACUUCAGAUAAACCCUGACAUGGGUAUCAAAGACAUCCUGUCUCUUAAUGACAAGGCACGGAAGCUCGUCUGUGAUUGGCUGCAUCAAUUCUGUCGGAGCAAUCUGUCAGAUCUCCUGCUCACUAACACUGUCCCCUGCCAUGAAGAGCAGCUCAAAGAGGCUUUUAUAAUUGUCGGAGCUCUGAUGAGGACGGACUGCAGAGAGCCCAGAUGGCAUCUCCUCUAUGUGGACAUACUCCUAGCCAAAGGUGAAGUGAAGGCAGCAGCCGCUCAUCUGUGCCAGGUGUUUGGACAGGAGCCAAGAGAUGCAGUGGCCCAGGCCCGGGUGGGCGUGGUGGAGGCCUGGCAGCAGAACUACCACAGCGCAGCUUGCCGGCUCAGCAAACUGACUGAGAAACACGCAUCCAGUCUUCCCCCCCUGCUGGCCCUGAUCCCAUUCAGUCAGCGGAAACGCAUGGCACAGGCAGCAGCUCAGGAGGCGAGCAGUGUGUCUUCAGGUGGCCGUUGGGACCGGGCCCUCUCUCUCCUCUCUGUGGCCGUACAGGCAGCAGGAGAUCACAGACUCCAGUAUCUCCGGCAGCGGGCCGCCUGCCUCGCUCAGCUGGGCCUACACGAGCGGGCCGUAUCCGACCUGGACCGAGUUAUCAAGAAACACAGUGGGUCCCAGACCAGAUGCUCAGAUGACCCCCGGGUCAGGGCAGAGGAUCUUUGUCGGCGGGGCCGCAGCAUGGUGCUCUGCUCCAGAGAGGCAGCAGCUCUGGAGGACUUCUGUCAGGCCUUGGAGCUUCACAGGAAACAGGCUCUUCAGUGUGUGGAGGCUGGACUAGGGAGGCUGCGUCUGGCUGAGUGCUUCCUGCGGGGGGCGCUUCAACUCUACGGGGAGCAGCAGCUCAGUAAAGCCUGGACACUGAUCGAAAGUGGGCUCCUUGUGGAUGGUGAGAACGCAGAGCUCCGCAGACUGAGGGCAAGGGUCAAAAGAGAAGAGGCCAGCCUCUGCAAUAUCAACUAGUGUUUAUAGUCCGAAACUCACAUAAUGUAGACAUGUCAGUGCCUAAACCUUAUGAAAUCUUCAUGUGUAAGUCGAUUUAACACAGUUUGAUAGCAGGCUUGAUAAGUACAUAUUAUGUCUUUAUGUAAUUUAACUUCAUUUUGGAGCAUUGACAAAAUAGUGUGUUAUAGUUUUCAGCAUUGUCUUAAUUGCAGCAAAUGUUGAAAUUGAGAGGAAUAUGUGAAUGGUUGAGGAUUAUAACACCACACGUUUUAUUGAAUGUUUUAUUAUCCCGUAUUUUAUGAACAGAUUUAACUAUGUCUGAAAUAUCACUAAUAUGAUUAUUGUGGUUACAUAAACAACAGAUAAUGAUAUAAAGGAAAUCAUGCAAAAAUGAAUUUAAAAUAUUGCUUAAUGCAAACAAUCACACCUAGAUAAGAUAUUUAAGAAAGUGUCCAAUGUGCAGGUUUUGUGCUUUUGAAAUAAAGAAGGCACAAUUAUUUGUAAUCAUAUCCAUAACAGCAAAUAUAAUUUAGUAAGCAUAAAUACAGGAAAACGUAUACUAGUCUAUAUAAAGCAGGUUUAAA